AUGGGCUCGCCAAACCUAAGUUUGCCAUCACUAACCAUCGACAAAAACAACGUCGUCUGGCAGUAUAAAAUUAGCGAAGAUUUUUUUCCCGUACUGAUAAAAGCCGCAUACAUUCUACAUGCCAAUAAUCGAGCCCAACGACUGACUGAGCCACGUCCUGCGUCAUCGCGAGUAUUCCAAUCACAUCGAAUCCGCAUCCACCUCCACCUCCACCGCCAUGGACGCCCAUUCGCGUUUCGCGCCGAGAUUACCAGGUCCCGCCAUCAAUCCGAUCGUCGAUAACUCGGACGAGCCCCAACCCAGCCUCUCCGAUCUGCACGACUUCGAGCCGAAGUUAGAGUUUGAUGAUACCGAGCUGCUGGCUCCAUCUCCGCUAGAAAAAGAUGUUAUGGUCGGUGAUUUCGUUCUGGCCGAAGAUCCAGAACUUGAGCCCGAGGAAGAUGUAAAUCCGCUGGAGGACGACUUCGAGGACCAACUCAGGGAGCAGUCUGAAAACUUUCAGACUCCCAGAAACAAAUGCGAUUUCCUGGGAACCGAUAAGCAGGGUCGCCACAUCUUUGGCAUUUAUGCAUCCCGCUUUCCCGAAAAAUCCCAACUGGAAGGAUUUGUGCGGGAAAUCAUCAAGGAGAUCGAACCGUUUGUGGAGAACGACUACAUCUUGGUUUAUUUCCAUCAAGGCCUCAAGGAGGACAACAAACCAUCCGCACAGUUCCUGUGGAAUUCGUACAAGGAGCUCGAUCGCAACUUCCGCAAGAACCUGAAGACGCUGUAUGUGGUUCAUCCGACAUGGUUCAUACGGGUCAUUUGGAACUUCUUUAGCCCCUUCAUCAGCGACAAGUUCCGCAAGAAGCUAGUCUACAUCUCCAGUUUGGACGAGCUGCGCCAGGCGCUCGGCCUGAACAAGCUGAAGCUGCCGGACAACAUCUGCGACCUGGACGACAAACUGAACCCCAGCCGGAAGCCAUCGACAUCGCCGCCCAGCAGCAAUAUAAAUGCAUCCCGGCAGCAGCAGCACAAAAUGGCGACGACGCAUCAAUUUGGUGUGCCCCUGAAAUUCAUUGUGAUGAACAGUCCGUGCUUAAACUCCAUUCCGCCAAUUGUGCGCAAGUGCGUGGACUCGCUGUCCAUAACGGGCGUGAUCGAUACGGAGGGAAUAUUCCGUCGAUCGGGCAAUCACUCGGAGAUCAUGGCGCUAAAGGAGCGCGUUAACCGCGGCGAGGAUGUCGAUCUGAAGAGUGUGAAUGUCCACGUGAUAGCCGGCCUGCUGAAGAGUUUCCUGCGCGAUCUCGCCGAGCCGCUGCUCACCUUCGAGCUGUACGAGGAUGUGACCCGUUUCCUAGACUGGCCCAAGGAAGAGCGUUCGAGGAACGUGACGCAACUGAUACGCGAAAAACUGCCAGAGGAGAACUACGAACUGUUCAAGUACAUUGUCGAGUUCCUGGUCAGGGUGAUGGACUGCGAGGAUCUCAACAAGAUGACCUCCUCCAACCUGGCCAUCGUGUUCGGUCCGAAUUUCCUGUGGUCGCGCAGCACCAGCACCUCCCUGGAGGAGAUCGCUCCCAUCAAUGCUUUCGUCGACUUUGUGCUGCAGAACCACAAGGACAUCUACUUGAUCGACGUCAAUCAGCGCACAGUGUCCGUCGACUAACGACUGGCCCGGCCAGCAACAAGUCCGUAAUUGUAAAUUGUUUGAUUUUAAUGUUAGUCGUAAGUGAACCAAUGGUUAGCUAAAGAGAGAGCACACAAAACGCAACAGAAACUAGAGAACCGAAGGCAAUGUCGUGUAUAAAGUGUACUUUACUCCUAAGUUGAAUUUUAAACUGUGUGUAUGUGUGUGGAACUGCUUGUAGCCCCAACUCCACGCCAACUCCCCAACCCCCCAAAAUCACAAUUAUUUAAACCCAAUAAGCGCUUAAUACGAUUGAUUUACCAAAGAAAUUUGCUCGUGUUCGCUACGCGACGAACAGGAGAGAAAUUCUA